AUGGCAAUGGAAACAUCUUCCGUCACCGCUGCAACUACAACUACAAUCUCGACUGCCAUGUCCACCACUGCUACUCCUACCAUAUCAAUCAUGUCUGAUGUACCCUUUGCGACUUCUGCUGGAAUUUCUACUCCAACGGAUGCCAUGUCGCUAGCCACGCCUCCUCCAACCGCCACCUCCCAGGCUUCUUCUACUUCCUCCUCCAUCACUACCAGCACCACAACCGCCGCCCCCAUGGCCAGUGCGAACGCCACGGCCAGUGAUAGCCCAUCCACUCGCCCCGCCUCGCGCCGCCCCCCGCGGAAAAGCACCCUCACCCAACAGCAGAAGAACCACAAGCGCCAACGCGCCACUCAGGACCAGCUCGUCACCCUCGAGAUGGAAUUCAAGAAGAAUCCCACUCCGACCGCUGCUGUCAGAGAGCAGAUUGCGGAGAAUAUCAACAUGACCGAGCGUUCUGUGCAGAUCUGGUUCCAGAACAGGCGUGCUAAAAUCAAGAUGAUUGCUAAACGGGGCAUCGAAACGGGAGAGGACUGUGAUGCCGUCCCUGAAUCUAUGCGAAGAUACCUCGCACUCCAGCUGGAUCCCGCCAGUUCGAAUGCGCGAAAUAUGCUAGGCCGUGCGGGGGGUUACCCUUCGAACGAGCCCAUGAUGCAUUCCGCCACCUCGUCCAAAGUCGGUGCAGUGAUCCAACAUUUUGCGUGCCGUUCUCUUCGCAUCGGCACCUGGCGUCGAGUUGGCCAAAACACGAUGGACCUGGUCAUUUUCUAUUCUCCUGACCAGGCCUGUAUGACAUACUACAUCAACAACGACUCUGCUGGUUACAAGAUCGAAUAUCCCUUCUCGAGUAUCAAGAACAUUAUUCUCGAGCCUGGUGAUCCUGUACCACCUCUGGAUGGCGCCCUUCCUAGAUCUGGCGGUCUAGUUAUCGAACUAAAUCGCCCACCAAACUUCUACAUGGACUCCUCCAACUCCGGCGGCUUCUACCAGUGUGGUGAUUUCACAGAGGAACAACAGGCCACCAAGUCGCUCAUCCAUCACCUCGGAGGCCACCCCAAGGUUCUCAGUGUCCAGCUGGCAAAGCUUGUCUCUCUCGAGACCUUCCAGAACCGCCAUUCUCCAGCUUACCCAUUCACCCCGAAUACACCAUUUAUUGAUGGUUCCCCGCAAUUUGUUCAUGUCAACCGUCCUGCAUCGCAGCCUAACCACCUUUCGCGAGCCCAAAAUCGCCUCUCAGUCGACAACCACCUCUCUGUCGGCCUUCACCCUAACAGGGGCCACAAACGUCAACGCAGUAGAUCGGUUCCCGGUCCUGUCGACUUUGCCGCCCUGCACGCCAUGCCGUCAUUCCACUUUCAGUCGACGAACCACUUCCAGCCAAGUACUCCACAGCAUCAGGAGCACCAUCAACCAGAUAUCUUCGCUCCUAUUCCCCUUGCCCACUCUCAGUUUCAUCUGCCAUUGAACAUGAGUGAGCCUGACCUCCACGUUGAUACAUCUGCAACACAGCCUCCACCGCCGUUCACAGCGCCUCCGAUCACUCUCAGUCCCUUGGAACUCCAUACAGCCUGCCCUUCCUCUCACCCUCACCAGCUGUGGACAUCGAAAUUGAUUCCGAUUCUCUCAACAUUCCCCAGCAACAUCAGACCCAAGCAACCUCGAACGCUCAUUCGCCCCCAUUAA